ACGAUGUUGUGUCACAUCGCGCCACCCGAGAAAACGACAAAGCUGUAUGUUGUCGUGUGGAGGGCGUGGUUUCAGUCGACUGCUUUGUGUCUUGAGGUUAUUUACAUUGUAAAUUUUGACUAUCUAACUUGUAGUCAAGUAGUCAUACUGGUGAAUAGUGGCAGCAUGUCGUGGCGAUUUAAAGCUUCCAAAUACAAGAAUGCUGCUCCUAAGGUGCCCAAACCUGAUGAGUGGGUUAGAGACCUUAAUAUUGGUUCCUAUCAGAUCAAUGGGCAGGUUAUCAAGGCAUCAGCAUCAUUCAUGGCAUUCAAUGCUGAUGUGGCAGGAAGCAAUUUGUACGUCAUUCCAUUAAACGACACAGGAAGAAAGCCCAAAAACUAUCCACUCCUUCAUGCCCAUUCCGAUUUAGUCACUGAUUUGGAUUUUUCCCCUUUUGAUGAUGGUCUAUUGGCUACAGGGUCCCAAGAUUCCAUGAUUAAACUGUGGAGCAUUCCAGAAUGUGGAUUGUCAGAGACUGUCAUUACACCAGAAUGCACACUGACACGUCUUCACCAGCGUCGAAUAGAAAAUGUUUUAUUUCAUCCUGUCGCUGAUUUUUUACUUUCCACAUCAUCCGGAAAUGCUUUGACCUUGUGGGAUAUCCACAAACAAGAAGAGCUCAUGACUUUGAAUAAUGAUGAAGAAGUCUUUCAAAGUCUGUCGUGGAAAACGGACGGUACCAUGCUAGCCACCACUUCCAAAGAUAAGAAAGUACGCAUUUGGGACCCGAGAGGCAAUUCGGUUUCCCAAUCAGCCGAUAGUCAUUCCAGUAACCGCGAGUCGGUAACCACCUGGCUCGGGGCGUCUAAUCGUAUUCUCACUUCCGGUUUCGAUUCGAGCCGGCAGCGUCAGGUCUUCGUUAGGGACGUGCGUAACUUUUCUCAAGUGGAAUUCUCUCUAGUCUUCGAUAGCUCAACUGGGUUAUUACUCCCACUCUUCGAUGCCGAUACUCAGAUGCUGUUUUUGGCCGGCAAAGGCGACAACACCAUCGGUUUCCACGAAGUGAACGAACGCGAUCCCAUCCUCACCGAAGGUUUGAGACACACGGGUCAACAAAGCAAAGGUGCUUGUCUAGUCCCUAAACGAGCGCUGAAAGUCAUGGAUGGCGAAGCCAACCGUGUUCUUCAGCUGACAGCCAACGCUGUCGUUCCCAUUUCCUACAUCGUUCCACGCAAGUCUUACCGAGAGUUCCACACCGAUCUGUUUCCGGAAACAGCCGGAUCGGAAGCACCCAUCUACGCUAGUCAAUGGAUGACUGGAACUAACGCCACGGUCGAGAAGAUACUCUUGGAUCCGAGCCGCUGGCAGGGCAAAAACCUACACAUCAUUCGUGGUCCACUAAGCCAGCGCAAAGAGGAAGCCAAAGUGGUCAAGACAACAGUGCCUACACCCCAGCCACGAAAGCCCGUUUCCGACGACGGGAGUUUAUCGUCUAAUAACAUAAUGCCUAAGCCUUUUGUCGCUCCCAAACCAUCGCCUCGUUUUAAUUCGAACGAAGGGACAACGGAGAAUCAAGGAGGUCCGCGACCCGUAGCCGUCAGGCGCUCGUCUUCAUUACGAACCGGGCCGUCUGCGACGCUGGAAGAGAAAGAAAACAACACCAACGGUAAUUUGACCGAUAUGAGCGCAAAGAAGCGCAGUGAUAGCGAUCGUACAGUCAACCAGGCGAAGAACGGUGAAGAGGAUGAUGUGUUUAAAGCUCCCACAACGGCCCAACGUCGACAAAUGUUCCAGGAUCGUAUCAAUUCCGUUCAGGAAACAUCAUCGGGUUCGAGCGUCGUGGACAGUUCAGCCAAUGCCGUGGCCGCCUCUCCUCUGCCCAAAAGGGCCACUCGUAUUUUCGGUCGGGUGGCUAAAUUCCGUCAUCUUCACGGCACCAUCAUGCCGCGCAGUACUCACCUGGAAAACUUUCGCGGCCUUGACAACGCUCUGCCCACAGAGUGCAACGGUUUCCACGGUAAUCCGGAACGUGUGGCUGUGCCACUCAACGGUCCCGGCGGUCGGAUUGCUAUUUUGGAACUGAAGAAAGGCGGCCGUCUCCCCGACGGCCCCUUAGCAGCCUUCUUUAAUACAUGCAAAGUGCUCGAUUUUUCAUGGGAUCCUUUCAACAACCGUCGCUUGGCUGUCGCUUGCGAUGAUGGACGUAUUCGCCUUUGGGAAGUCAAUGGCGAUGGAGGGAUCCUCACAGAAUCGUCCAAUGAGCCGACUAAGAUGCUGGAAGUGGCCCAAAACACGGACAGGAUAACAGUCGUAGUCUUUCAUCCGUUGGCCGCUGAUGUAAUGGCUUCCGUAUCGGCCGAUUACGUCAUUCGCAUAUGGGACAUUGAAAGUGGCACUGUGACUAUUCAACUGGAACCUCAUCCCGAUCAGGUCUUUGGCGUGGCAUGGAGUCCAUGUGGAUCUUAUAUCGCCUCGGUGUGCAAGGACGGAAAGGUGCGCAUUUUCGAGCCCCGUGCCAGUAGAGCAGCCAUUCGUCAAGGUGCCGGCCCUAAUGGAGUCAAAGGCGCUCGUGUUACAUGGGCCCUGGAAGGCAAAUUCCUUUUAGUCUCCGGUUUUGACAAGUCAUCGCAAAGGCUCUUGUACGUCUUCCGCUCGACGGAUCUUACGGCUUCGCUGAACACGCUCAAUCUGGACGUCUCGCCUACUUUACUCAUCCCGUAUUACGACGAGGACAGUGCCACCCUUUUCCUCACCGGCAAGGGAGACACCACAAUUCAUUGUCACGAAGUGUCGGAAGACCCGCCUCAUCUCUUCCCGCUGAGCCACCACAAAUGUUCCACUGCUCUUCAGGGAUUGGCCUUAUUGCCGAAACACGUGUGUCAAGUGAAAGAUGUGGAAUUUGCACGAUUCGUCACGCUGACAUCCAACUCGAUCGAGCCGCUGUCUUUCACAGUUCCUCGUGUCAAGAAUGAUUAUUUCCAAGAUGAUUUAUUUCCGCCGACUAAAGUCUUGUGGCAACCCAGUAUGACGGCCGGCCAGUGGUUGGCCGGAGCUAACAUUCCACCCAAACGGAUGGAUCUCAAACCGAACGAUAUGGAAACGCUAUCGAGUUUGAAGGCUCAGUCGACGACGCCGUCAGCCACGACGGCUCCGCCCAUCGCCGAGCCGAUUGUAUCUUCAACCAACGGCGUCGGUGGAUUCUUAUCCGCUGUCAGCGCGCGCAAAGAGCGUGAAAAGGGAGCCCAGCUGGAAGCGGCCAUCAGCUCGCAACUGGAGGUCAAUCUGACGCUGGAACAGGAUGGAAUGGUCGGCGUCGACGAAUCGGAAUGGGAUAAUUAAUGAACCGUUUUCAACAGCUGGAUGGAUGCGGGGAUCAAGAAUGGAUUGCUAAAGCUUCUACCUUAUUAUCAUAUCCAACGCGAAUAGCAAAACGAAAAGAAACAAACUUAAGAAAUUCCAUUUUUCAUAUCUCCUUUUUUUCUCUCUUGAUUCGUUCUUUUUUUUUUUAAACGUCAGUUUUUGUGCGUCGUGAUCGUUUCUAUCUUUUCAAUCCUCUUUAAAGAAAUAGCUUCCGUCUUCGUGUCAAACCCAUUAUGUAAUAGCUUUUCCAUCGUCUGUGUCAGUGCCAAUGUCUUUUAUCUCUUUUUCUUCUUCGACGAACAGAGGAAGAGAGGAGAGAAAAAAGAGUACAUCAUUGGGAAACACUUGAUAAAUUUUUAUUUCCA